UCACCGUGUUCAGUACGUUUUUGCAGUCUCCUAAAAUUUCCUUAGUGCUAAUAAAGUGUCGUGUCGUUUGUUUGCAUAUUACUAUUGUGUGUUUAAUUAUUUCUACGGAUAUAUUUUCAUUAAUUUUUCCAAGGUUAUAUGAGUACUCGUUGCACGUUUCGUGGUUAACCACAAAUUUUGUGUGCGUAUUUCUCUUAUUGUACUGAAAAUUGUCAGUAAUUAAAGUCGUGGUUUUUGAGAUUAAAGGUUAUUUAUCUUGUAAGAUGGAGGAAAAACGAAAAAAACUUAUGAAUAUUGACAAUAAUAAGUGUAUGUUAGUAUUCUUUGUAUCAGAGGACAAAUUCCAAACGGGAUACACGUGCUGGUUAGAUGAAAAAGAUCAAUUGAAUCUUAAAAAUAUCAUAACAAACAAAACGGUCGUCGAAAUUUAUUCGCCUAACUGUGCGAUAUUAUCAGCUGGAAACAUGAAAGCCUUGUUGAAAAAAGCUAAAUUUCAAAAGUAUGCCAUCAACAUUUUGUCUCACGGUGAUUGGUUAAAAGUUCGAGAGUCACAAAAAACGUUGUGAAAAUAUGGUGAACUUGACGUUUCAAAUAAUAGUAGAACAAAAUUUACUAAAAAAUCUUUGGAAUCUAAUUCAGAAUCAUCAGAUGGAGAAGAAACAAUCCCCAAAAGAACGUCAAGUACACUUUCG